AUGGUCACACCUCACAAGUACGACCCACCCCACAGCAACACAGCUUGUAGUGGUAUCCUUCACCGUAACACACCUCACUUUCACAGUCCUCAUGGUGACAGUCCUCGAAGAGACGGUUCGCGAACCCGCAGUUCGCGAAGCAACACUCUCCACAUUGCUACUACCAAUCAACCUUUACCCGGCUCAGCAUCAAAGGCAACUCUGCAACCGCAACCGAAACCGCGACCGCAACCGCAACAGCAACAGCGAGUCGACUUUCUUUAUGGGGACGUACAAAUUAAGAUCAGGAUGGGUGGCAUGACCCAUGAGGGAAAGGUAGUCCGUCAGAAUCUGGCGGUGGCAAGCCCUGUCUGGGACAGGCUCCUACGCACCAAGCCAGGAGAUCCCCCGCUCGAGUCGAUAGACUUCCAAGAGGAUGACGGCGAAGCAUUACUCAUCUAUCUUUGCAUUGCACACUUGGUAUUCGACUUGGUCCCUUUGAAGUUGAGCGAGACGGCGCUUUACAACGUCCUCCUGCUGGCCGAAAAAUACGAAUGCUUCCAUCUGGUGAAACCCUGGAUUCCUAAAUGGCUCAAAGCAUACGAAUCCACUUUGUCAGAAGCGCCUCACCAUUCGCUACCCUCACUGCAACACAGGCUCUAUAUUGCGUGGACCCUCGGCCAAAAAGCAGUCUUCAGACAAAUCGCGCAGAUUUUGACCCAAAAAUUGGGACAUCCGGCGGAUGUCGCCCAGCGGGAUCCCGUGAGUGGUCGAAAAAAGAUAUUUCUGUUGGCAAACAAUGGCCAUGUAGACCUUCUGGAGGAAAAGCUGCUUCCGGCAAAUCUCUUGGAGAGCAUGUGCUCAGUGCGCGACAGAUCACUGAAAUACCUCCUGGAUAUAGUAUACAGCGAACUCGCCAGACGCUCUCAGAGUGUGCCAGGAAGUUAUUGCCUGCACGGAAAGCCCCACUGCGAUUCGCACAUCUACCGCAACAUGAUGAAGGAACUCGAACGUCGGAAACUGUGGCCCCUGAAAUCGAUCAUGGAUGUCGAUUUGUCGGUGCUUCAGCUAGCCGUCAUCAUUGGGGCCAUGCGGCCUGCAUACCCCUUUCCGACGCCGGCCGACCCCUCCGACCACGCGAGGUGCGGCCCAAACUUCCUUGAACCGGUUACGUUGCUACUAAAGAGCUUUCCCGACCCAAGUCUCGAGUGCCAGAUCGAACACAUGGCGACGCAGAACCGUUAUCUCUUCCCUGAUGAUUGUCAGUAUCUCUUCCUCAAGCAGUGA